AGGCUGACGAUAAGCAGUACACACUCAAGCACACGCACACAGUGCACAAAACCUGAGCUGGUGUCGCAGGGAAUCCUCUUCCAGAGAGGAUGAUAAGGCAUCUCUGAAUGAGCAAGGCACCCCAGAGUCUUAAGAGAGACAACUCUUGUUCCACUGGGACAGGAAAUGAGAAGGGUGGGGGGAGUCACACUUUGACUCUACCCUGGGGUUUUUGUCCUGAGGGUUUGUGGGAGUUAGCUUCUGGCCCUUUUCUGGUUUUCUAGCAACUCUGGGCUUCCAUCCCUCUACAAAUUAUUUCUCUCAAACAGUCUCUCUGGCUGUUCUUGCCCUUCCCACUUCUAAAAGCAGCCUUAGUUUCUCAACCAUAUAGAGGUUGAGCUUGGUGAUCACUGAUCUAGGGAUCCUGGCCAGCUCCCCCCCACCCUCAUAUGUGUGUGUGUGUGGGUCUGUGCAUGGGAUGCCUGCAGAGGCCAGAAGUGUGGGAUCCCCCUGGAGCUAGUUACAGUAAGCUGUGAACCCCCUGAUGUGGAUGUUCAGGUCCUGUGCAACAGGAGUACGUGUUCUUAACCGCUGAGCCAUCUCCCCAGCCCCUGGACAGCCUGUUUUGGCCUCUUCCGUGAGUUUCCCAGAAGAAUGGGUUAAAGCUUCUCUCAGCUAGGCUGGACCAUCUUGUUGGAGGUAAUAGUGUUGCAGAACUUGGGGUUGUGGGAGGCCCUGGUUCCUCUGGAUCACCUUGCUUUUCGAGGCUGUGCAGCUGUUGUGGAGGCGGCCGACUGGAAGUGCCCUAAAUCUUUGGAGUAUCUUAUGGGAGACAACUACACCUGUAAAUAGGGAUGAGAUUACAUCUUUUGGUUCUCAUCCUUGAAUUCACCAGGUGUGGGUCACUAUGUUUUGGCUUUGUCUUUUCUUUUAUAUGUAGGCAGGGAGGAAUCUUGUCUCGAACAAGCCAGAAAUGUCUGGAGAGUGAGCAGCCAGGGGAAUCCAGUACUUCUGGAAAACUGUUCAAAGCACUGGGUCACGUUCUUGGGUCAGCGAACCAAGUGUGUGAUUUGGGGUUUCGCUGAUACCAGUUGCUACGGAUGUAAUUUUCACAGGCUGCUUGAGCUAUAUACCCUUGUGGAUACAAAGGUAGAAAUGAAGGUGGGUUGGGAGCCUGGUUAUGUCAAUGGAGGUUUCCGGGAGCCGCCCUUCGGGGCCGAGGCGCUUCCCCCCCAGCCUGCAGAGGGCGCUGUGGGCGCCUCCGCCACACGGCCCCGCAGCCUCCCCGGGGAGGAGCCUCUCCUGUAGCCGCCGCCGCCGCCGCUGCCACCGCCUCCGCGGUCGCAAACCCGGAAGAAGCCUCUGGUUGCUGGACUGUACCCGCCGGCUUGGCAUUGCCAUGCAGCCCGAGGAGGUAGGUCUGGUUCCGGCUCCAGCGAGGGAGCCGAGACUGACCCGCUGGCUGCGGAGAGGCAGUGGGAUCUUGGCGCACCUGAUAGCUUUGGGCUUCACCAUCUUUCUGAUUGUGCUGUCCCGGCCAGGAACCAGUCUUUUCUCCUGGCACCCUGUGUUCAUGGCCUUGGCGUUCUGUCUCUGCAUGGCUGAAGCCAUCCUGCUCUUCUCGCCUGAGCACUCCCUGUUCUUCUUCUGCUCUCGAAAGACCCGGAUCCGACUCCACUGGGCAGGGCAGACCAUGACCAUCCUCUGUGCUCUCCUGGGCUUGGGCUUCAUUAUCUCCAGCAAGAUCCGCAGUGAGCUGUCCCAUCUGGCAUCCUGGCAUAGCUGGGCAGGAGCUCUGACACUGUUGGCCACUGGGGGACAAGCACUGUGUGGGCUUGGCCUCCUCUGUCCCCGGGCAGCCCGGGUCUCAAGGGUGGCUCGCCUCAAGCUCUACCAUCUGACAUGUGGCCUGGUUGUCUACUUGAUGGCUACAGUAACGGUGCUCUUGGGCAUGUACUCAGUGUGGUUCCAGGCCCAGAUUAAAGGUGCAGCCUGGUACCUGUGCCUGGCACUACCAGUGUACCCAGCCCUGGUGAUCAUGCACCAGAUCUCCAGCGCCUACUUGCCAAGGAAGAAAGUGGAAAUGUGAAUGCCUCAGAACUCUGAACCUAGGUGAGAUUCUCUCCUUGGACUUCAGCAGUUCCUUGAUCUUCACGGGACCCACUUCAGAAGCAGACGAAUUUUUGCACUUCAUGGCUAAGCCACAGGGUGCAGAAACCCUAGCUGCUACUGCUGAGGGAUGAUCUGGUGGGCUCCAAUGGGGAAAUGUACUACUGGGUGCAAGUAGAAGGUUCUGGAGAACCUAAAGCCUCACUUUUGAUGGGAUACAGAAGCAUUAGGUGGUGGUGGUGAUGGUGAUGGUGAUGGUGGUGAUUACCUAUGUGCCUGAUGAAGAGUUGGAUUCCUGUUGGUUAUGAAUGACAGUCACAGACAUUGGGGUCCCUUUUGGAAAAGCAGUACUGUGGUCUCUUUGGCUGUGUUGUACAGUCAACCUUAGACACGUUUCAUAUCUCAGGACCUCAGUUUCCCCAUCUGAAAGUCCCUUACCUUUAACAUUCAGUGUCUGGCAGAUGGUUGUCACUGAAUACCCUCUUAGCUCUGGACCAUGCGGACAGCUCAGGAUGUAAUUCUUUCAUCCACUCUUCCUUGUACCCUUCAGAAAUCUGUGCUGACUUGACUCCUGAGCCAAGGAACAAGGGCCAUGAACUGUGGAAAGAAGGGGCCAAGGUGAGGGUCCCCUGGACAAUAAGAUAGUGAAGGCACUAAAGUCACUUUGAAGUUCUUUGGAGGAACAGGAGGGCAUUGGCCUUAGCCAAGCCCUGGACUCUUGGAGUCCUUAGCUCAGCUAAGGACUUCCUUCAGGCUACCUCUGGGUCUAGACUGUAGAAUCUGGGUGUGCUCUUGACAUCAUUCUCAGGGCAGAGUAGCUCUGGGCAUCUUACACUUUGCUCUUAGGGCUUAGAGUACUUACUUAGCACAUUGCUCCAGGGAACUAUUCUGAAGCUUUUAGAACAAAAUAAAAACCAGGGAGUGGGGCCCUCUUGAUCCAAGGAGCAUCGUGUCUCCCUGGUUGCCCGUCUCUCCUUGUCAUUUAAGUUCUCCUUAGUUGUUGUCUCCUGCCAUCCCCUUGGCUUGAGAAUGGGAUGAUUUCAGUACCGACUGGGCUCUCUUCCCUGCCAAGAUACCUCCUUGGUCCAGCUGAGUUCCCCAGAGCAUCCUUGUUGGUGAGGGCUGGAUGUCAAACUAGUUAGCUAUGGUGUGGGUCUGUCCAGGAGAUGGGCCCUCUGUAGAGCCUAAUAAGGACUGGAUACUGCUGAGCCAGGAAAGGUACCAUGCAGUUUUCCACCUGGGAGACAGAGCCCAUCAGAGACUCUGGGAGGCCUGCAGUAUAGGGGCUGGAGCUCCAGGUCCAGAGACAAAGGAAAAGUGUCUGUCACAUGUCUCUGAUUCUCUAAAGAUUUAAGGCCUCUUCUCCAAGUGGCUCAGGAACAAGGUGGGUGGGAUUCAAUAGUUCAAGAAUGGGGACUGUCGGGUAGAAGUGUCCUCUCAGUGGACCUCACGAUGCUUUUCCUCAGGGAGACAGCAUCUCUCAUAAGCUCUCUAAAUACAGCUUACCGAACAGAGACUCCUGCAGUGCCGAGGGGAACCAUUCUUGUCUUUUUCAAUACCCUGUCUCCCUCUCAAGCUAUCCAAUGUGCUGUGAGCUUGGAAGGAAUGGUUACUGGGCCACAUGAAAGAGCUUCUCACUAGGGUCACUUUGAUGUAGGGCUCCAUCUCCUCCCCUCAUCGAGGCCAUUGCUGGGGCCUCCCUAGGGUGGGCCAGGUAAAGUUCAGCAGCUUGUUCUCAGAGCACAGAGGCAAUGCCGGAAAGCCUGAGCCUGCUUGAGGUGUUGCCUCCUCCCAGGUGGUGCGGGGGCUGGUGGGCGGGCGGGCAGGCGUGCUGACAGCCGGCAGUUUGCGUGGGCUGUGCCAUCUGAUGUCUAUUCCCAGCCCUGGGAGGAAGGGGAGUCAUUUAUAUUCUGCAGGAAGAAGGGACCCAGCUGUCGCUUCCUCUGACCAGUGGGCCUGGAGGGCAUUGGUGCAGAGCAGAGAGGACACAGGUAGCAGUGGUCUCCUGCUUAGGGAUCUGACCACAGUGUAGGGAGCAGGUCACCAGGAUGGCUGGCAGGCUAGAUUUGGGGGGGGGGACUUCUCUCCCCUCCUGUCUUGCCAUUUCUCCAUCACCACCUGCCCUCACAUCCUGGGGCAGCAGCUGGACAACCAUUAGACCUCGGUGCCAGGGUACUCUUCCUCCAGCUGGGAUCUGUGGCUGCCGGCUGCAUAUGCCUCCUGGCUGUGUGCUCCCUCUUCCCCACACUGCCUGCCCCUUCCUCUUUGUAUCUUCCAGUGUCUGGAUACUACCUGGGCUUCUCAGCAGCGAGGCAGGGACCGGAGGGGGGGACACACAUGGCUGUCCUUUGCCAGUGUUCCUUGACUAGGGGAAGCUGCUAGUAGUCAGCCUGUUUUGCUUUUUAAAGUGGGGCGGGGGAUGACACUCAGGAUGCUCAAGAUUUAAAAGUCGCCCAUCAUUUGCACAAAUUUCCAUAUCGUGCUAAGUCCUGAUUCCAUAUUUGAUUGUGUUCCAAGCUUGAUUAUACUCAGACUCAACCUUGAGGGCAUUAGAGAGAUAGUUUUGUAUCAGAUCCAAAUGGUAAUGGGCAUACUGUUCAGGUUUGGAGUCCUCUCAGGGGCCCUUUUGUUCCCAUACCCUCCCUUUUCUUGGAGUCCCAUUGGGGCUGGGGGUGGCAGCGAAUGAAUGACAGGAGCUCGGCACUGAGAACUCUCGCUUCCUUCUCUGGCUGUCAUCCCCAUCCAAGAUAGGCUGCUAUCACUUGCCAGCCUGUGCAUGCUCUCCCCCUCCCAAGGCAGGCCACCCUUCCUCCAUGACACUGGCCUGCCCCGUCUCUCAUUGUCCCCACCUUUCCACCCCCAUGCAUGGCUGCCGUGGGUCUUGUUUUUCAAACCUCACUGUGGGAGAUCCAGGCAUCCCCCCUGAGCCAGCUGGCUGCUGUGCCAAGGCCUGUUCAGAGUUAAUAAUAAUCAUUAGUUGAAUGGUGCUGGGGCCUUUCACUCCAGAUCUCUAAGCACUUGCAGGCUGAGUCAGCCAGCCUUCACCUUCCCCCUCUUUCUGGGCUUUGGCGUGUAACAGCAUGGGAAGACACUGUGAGAGAGGGAGUCGGGAUUCUUGCUGCCUGACCAUGCCUGAGGAUUUUCUCUGAGAGGAAGCAGGAAGGCCAAGGUACACAGAGAAUACAGUAUGCUCAACUGAGACCACCAUGGCUGUGGUAGCUGAUGACCCCAAACCUCUAGUACUCCUGUGUGCUUGCCUUGGCCUCUGCGGGGCGUUCUUCCUGAAUGCCCUUAAGCAAGCUUAGAGAGCGAGAAAGUUUCUGGGUUAGUACCCCCCCCCAAUACCCUUGUCUGUGACUGGCACAAAGAACCUGUGUGUCAUGAACUGAAAGGUGUGUCAGCAUGGACACCGGGAAAUCUGAUGUAGGAGUGUCUCAGCUCCUAACAUUGGGUGACAUAGGCAAACCAUUUGCUUCUCAUCCUACCUCACAGGGAUGUUGUGAGGGCUAGACAAGAGAACAAGGUUCAAAGCAUUAAACAAAUGGAAAGCAGA